AUGGAAACGUCACACAAUAUCACAGAAUUUUUCAUGCUGGGAUUGUCACAGGACCCAGAAGUACAGAGAGUUCUUUUUGUGGUCUUUUUGAUCAUCUAUGUGGUCACAGUUUGUGGCAAUGUGCUCAUUGUGGUCACCGUCAUCUCCAGUCCCACCCUGGCUUCCCCCAUGUAUUUCUUUCUGGCCAAUCUGUCCUUUAUUGACACCUGUUAUUCUUCUUCUCUGGCCCCUAAGCUCAUCGCCGACUCCUUGUAUGAGGGGAGAAUCAUCUCUUACGAGGGUUGCCUGGCUCAGCUCUUUGGAGCCCAUUUUCUGGGAGGCGCUGAGAUCAUCCUGCUCACGGUGAUGGCCUACGACCGCUAUGUGGCCAUCUGUAAACCCCUGCACUACACGAUUGUCAUGACUAGGCAUCUCUGUGUCCUGCUAGUGGGGGUGACUUGGCUAGGGGGCUUCCUGCAUUCAUUUGUUCAGCUCUUCCUGGUCCUUCAGUUGCCUUUCUGUGGGCCCAACAUAAUUAAUCACUUUGUCUGUGACUUGUACCCCUUGCUGGAACUCGCUUGCGCCAACACAUACGUCAUUGGCCUGCUCGUGGUUGCCAACAGUGGUGUGAUCUGCCUGUUGAACUUCCUCUUUCUGACUGCCUCAUACAUUGUCAUCCUGUGCUCCUUGAGGUCCCACAGUGAAGAGGGGAGACGCAAAGCCCUCUCCACUUGUGGGGCCCACUUCACAGUUGUUGCCCUGUUCUUUGUGCCCUGUAUGUUUACUUAUAUGCGUCCUUCAUCUACUUUACCUAUAGAUAAGAACAUGGCAGUAUUUUAUGGUAUUCUGACACCUAUGUUGAAUCCACUCAUUUACACCCUGAGAAAUGAAGAGGUAAAAAAUGCCAUGAAAAAGCUCUUCACACAGUAA